UCCUUCACCAUUAGAACUUAAUUUAAAGCUCACAUCAUUUCAAAAAUAUAAAGAACACUAGAGCUUCCUGUGUUAACUUCCAAAUAUGACGAUAGUAGAAAUGUGUGUGCAUAUGGAUUGUCCGGGGUGCGAGAGCAAGAUAAAGAAAGCUCUGAAGAAGUUACCUGGAGUUGAUGAGGUGGACAUAGAUAUGAAGCUACAAAAGGUGACGGUUAUGGGAUGGGCAGAGCAAAAGAAGGUUUUGAAAGCGGUUAGGAAGACAGGAAGGAGGGCUGAGCUGUGGCCAUAUCCAUACAACCCUGAAUACCAUGCAUUCUCACGCCAAUAUGCCAACCACACCAACACCAUCACCUCUUCUUCCUCCUCUUCUUACAACUACUACCACCAUGGUUACACUUUUGCCGAUGACUUUGGCUAUUACCGAAAGCCUAUUGCUGCUUCCAUCGUUAGUGACAAGGCCAUGGCUAUCUUCAGCGACGAAAACCCUCAUGCUUGUUCUAUUAUGUGAUCUCACCAUUAUGUAAUAUUUCUUAUUGAUUUGUAUGCUUGUUUGUCAAAAUAUAUAUGAGAUAUCUAAGUUACAUAAAAUAUAAAAAUUACUUGAGUUGCUUAUUAA